UUCCAGCCUUGAGGCGUCCUGUUUCAGCUCCUUCGCUUUCAGUCACAAUGCUGUGGAGAGGGUGAAUGGGAGAGGUGGAGGUGGUGGGGUGGGCAUUUAAGAGAGCAGUAGGUGGGAGUGGAGUCUGACCGCAGAGGGUCUAGUGUUUAAGAGAAAGGGAAUUCUCUCUUUCACUCACUCUUUCCCUCUCUCAGCCUCUCGUUCUCUCUCGCUCUCUCUCUCUCCUCACUGGCUGCUCAACAUCAGCUGGCUCUCUAGGUAGACUCGAGUAAACACUCAAAGAGAACAGAGAGAAGAGGGAAGAUGACAGAGCUGUCAGUGCUCUGAGAGAUACAGACCGGUGAGAACAUUUGUCAGGGCUGGCUGAUAAGGCUCUCCUCAAGGCUUCUUAGAUUGCUCAUCGGUGGAGAGGCUGCAAGCAUUCUCUUCAAGGAAUCUGGAAGGGAAUACCUAUUUGCUACUAAACUCAUAAGCUGCAGUGGCAGGGUGUCAUCAUGGGAAUGAGAAGUUUCUUUUUGGGCUUCUUAACUGUGGCCCUCAUCCUCCAGUUUGCCACUGCUGGCCUUGUCAGGAAUGUCAUCCGCCAUCGCAGAGAGGCUCUGAUGCCGAAGAAAACCCAGGAGAACCUCACACUCCCCCAUCCUGACCAGCCAGUAGUUUUCAACCAUGUCUACAACAUCAACGUCCCCUCCACGUCGCUCUGCUCUGUGGACCUCGACUCACCAGGAGGUACUGACCUCAAGCACAAGACCGUCCCGAUGGAGAUGCAGAACACCGAGCACAUGGAACACACGAUGGAUGGUGACAAUCAGAUCGUUUUCACCCAUCGCAUCAAUAUCCCCAAGCAGGCAUGCGGCUGUGAAAACCAGCUGCCAGACAUCAAGGCUAUCCUGAGCAGACUAGAGAUGCUGGAGUCAGAGCUGUCUAGUCUGAGGGAGCACUGUACCAGUGGAGCAGGUUGCUGUGGAGCUCAAGUUACAGGUGAAGUGUCCUCAAAGCCCUACUGCAACGGGCGCGGAAACUGGAGUACUGACACCUGUAGUUGCGUAUGUGAGCCUGGAUGGAAGGGCCCCAACUGCACUGAACCUGAGUGCCCCAGUGACUGCCAGGACCAGGGCCGCUGUGUAGAUGGCAAAUGUGAAUGCUUUGAGGGCUUUGGCGGGGAUGACUGCAGCAUUGAGCUCUGCCUGCUGGACUGUGGCGACUACGGUCACUGUGUUGAUGGGUCCUGCCUCUGCGAAGACGGUUUUAUCGGUGAGGACUGUUCUCAGACCAACUGUCUCAACAACUGCCUGGGCCGCGGACGCUGUGUGGACGAUGAGUGCAUCUGCGACCACCCAUGGGCGGGUUUCGACUGUUCUGAACUCAUCUGUCCAAACGACUGUUAUGAUAGAGGACGCUGCAUUAAUGGUACCUGUUACUGUGAAGAGGGCUACACUGGGGAGGACUGCGGUGAGCUCACUUGUCCGGGUAACUGUAACGACCACGGGAUCUGUGUGAAUGGCCAAUGUGUGUGUCACACUGGCUACACUGGUGAGGACUGCUCUAAGCUCACCUGCCCCAAAGACUGCAGCGAGAAAGGUCACUGCUUCAACGGGAAGUGCAUCUGUGAUCCCGGAUUUGAAGGUGAAGAUUGCUCAGUCCUCUCAUGUCCUGACAACUGCAGCAACAGGGGACAGUGCAUUAAUGGAGAAUGUGUAUGCGACCUAGGAUAUCAAGGUGAAGACUGUAGUGAACUCUCCUGCCCCAACAAUUGUCAAGACCGUGGCCACUGUGUGAAUGGGCAGUGUGUUUGUGAGAAAGGUUAUGCUGGUGAGGACUGUAGCAUCAAGACCUGUCCUAAAGACUGCAUGGGACAUGGAGAGUGUGUGGACGGUGAGUGUGUGUGUUUCACCGGCUUUACAGGGAAAGACUGUGGUGAGUUGACCUGCCCCGAUAACUGCCUGGACCGUGGUCACUGUGUGAAUGGGCAGUGCGUAUGCGAGAAAGGUUAUGCUGGUGAGGACUGCAGCAUCAGGACCUGUCCUAAAGAUUGCAUGGGCCGUGGAGAGUGUGUGGACGGCAAGUGUGUGUGUUUCACUGGCUUUACAGGGAAAGACUGUGGUGAGUUGACCUGCCCCAAUAACUGCCUGGACCGUGGUCACUGUGUGAACGGACAGUGCGUUUGUCAUAAGGGUUUCACUGGUGAGGACUGCGGUGAGAAGACAUGUCCCAAGAACUGCCUAGACAGAGGCUACUGUGUAGAUGGCAGCUGUGUGUGCUAUGAGGGAUUCACUGGUCCAGACUGCUCCAUAUUAACCUGCCCAGAAGACUGCCACAACCAGGGGCGCUGUGAGAAUGGAGUGUGUGUCUGUGAUGAAGGAUUCAUUGGAGAUGACUGCUCAGAGGUGUCGCCACCUAAGGACCUGACAGUGGUGGAGGUCACCCCAGAGACAGUAGACGUAUCCUGGGAAAAUGAGAUGCGUGUGACAGAAUACCUGAUCACCUAUGUGCCCACGGCCUCUGGAGGCUUAGAGUUGGACAUGAGGGUACCUGGGGACCACAAGAAGGCCACUAUUAGGGAGCUUGAGCCUGGAGUCGAAUACCUGAUCAGUGUCUAUGCUGUGCUCAGCAAUAAGAGGAGUGUUCCCGUCACUGCUAGGGUGGCAACAUAUCUUCCUGAGCCUGAGGGUCUCAAGUUCAAGUCAGUGCGGGAUACUUCUGUGGAGGUGCAGUGGGAUCCAUUGGACAUUGCUUUCGAUGGCUGGAACCUCAUCUUCAGAAACACGAAAGAGGAAGACGGUGAGAUUCUGAACUCCCUGGGCCGACCGGAGACCACCUUUGAGCAAUCGGGCCUGGGUCCAGGCCAGGAGUACGAGGUCAAACUGGAGGUGGUGAAGAACAACAAACGUGGACCGCCAGCCUCCAAGAAUGUCGUCACAAUGAUCGAUGGCCCAAGCCAGGUGAAUGUUCGUGAUGUGACUGACACCACUGCGCUGGUGACCUGGUUCCAGCCCGUGGCUGAGGUGGAUGGGGUCACCAUCUCCUACGGACCCAGCUUGAACUCCGCCGAUCGCACUUUGGUGGAGCUGACCUCUGCUGACACCCAGUACCACCUGGGAAACCUGACCCCUGACACAGAGUACGAGGUGUCUCUGACAGCGCGGCGGGGAGAAGGGACCAGCAUUCCCAUCUACGAGUCCUUCCUUACAGACCUGGACGCCCCCAGAGACCUGCAGACGGUAGAGCUGACAGACGAGAGCAUCACUCUUGAGUGGAAGAACAGCCGUGCUCAGGUCGACAACUACCGCAUCAAGUAUGGACCUCUGUCUGGUGGAGAGCACGAAGAGCUGCUGUUUCCCCCAGGACCUAAGGACUCCACUCAGGCCAAGAUCACUGGCCUGAGACCCGGCACGGAGUAUGGGAUGGGUGUGACGGCAGUGAAAGAUGAGAGGGAGAGUCAGCCCACGACGGCCAACGCUGUGACCGCCCUCGAUGCUCCCAAAGACCUGACUGUAACAGAGAUGACCGAGACUACUAUGAUGCUGGAGUGGAGGCGUCCCUUUGCCAAACUGGACUCCUACAGGCUGGUUUACAUUUCCGCUGAUGGUCACAGGGCUGAAGAAGUGAUCCCGGGCAGCUCUGAAACUCACACCCUGAGGGGCCUGACACCCGGCAUGCUGUAUACCAUCAACAUCAGUGCAGAGAGGGGCCGCAGAAGCAGCCUACCCGCCACCAUCUCAGCACCCACAGAGGAGGAGAAGCCCGUGGUGACCAACGUUACCAUCAGCGAUGUAAUGUGGGACAGCUUCCUCUUGUCCUGGUUUGCCGAGGAUGGGGCUUUUGAGUCUUUUCUGAUCACGGUAACUGAUGCAGAGACGGGCGCUGAGUGGCAAAAUCACACUGUGCCCGCUGAUGCUCGCAGCCUCGCCAUCACCGGCCUCUACCCUACCAUCUGGUACAGAGCUAUUGUAUACGGGGUGUACAGGGGAGCCCCAUUAGACCCUGUCAUUGCAGAAACCAUCACAGAGUACGAACCGGAGGUGCAGUCUCUCCUAGUCUCCGACGUCACCACAGACAGCUUUCAGCUGUCCUGGAUGGCCGAAGAGGACUCCUUUGACACCUUUGUCAUAAUGGUCAGCCAGGCCGAAGGCUUAGACCAACCAAGAGAGCUGGUGCUGGGUGGUGAGGAGAGAACUGCGGUGAUGACAGAUCUCAAUGAGGAUACCGAGUACAAAGUUGAAAUCUUUGGCCUCAUUUUGGGAAGACGCUCCAAGUCUCUCUUGGAGGUGUUAAAAACAGACCUGGGUUCACCCAAGGGCAUUCGCUUCUCCGAUGUCACUGACACGUCUGCAACUGUUCACUGGGUGACCCCAAGAGCUCGAGUGGACAGCUACCGGGUCACUUACGUACCUGUCUAUGGAGGUAACGCCAAGACACUGUCAGUGGAUGGUUCUGCAUCUCAGAUUGUGCUGCCUAACCUGACACCCGGAGUCACUUACAAGGUCACUGUGAUUGCUAUCAAGGGUCAGAGGGAGAGUGAACCUGGAUCUGACAGCGUCACCACAGCUCUGGAUAAACCACGUGGCCUGAACGCAGUCAACAUCACGGACAGUGAGGCUCUGCUGCUCUGGCAGCCCGCCAUCGCUACAGUGGACGGCUAUGUCAUCACCUAUAGUGCAGAUUUAGUGGCUCCAGUCAUGGAACGUGUGUCAGGAAACGUGGUGGAGUUUGAGAUGAACUCUCUGGCACCAGCCACACACUACACUGUGAAGGUCUAUGCUGUGCGGGACUUGGCCAAGAGUGCAGCCACUACAACAGAGUUUAUCACAGAUGUGGAUGCCCCCCAGGACUUGGCAGCCAGUAACAUCCAGACAGAGAACACCAUGCUGACGUGGAAGCCUCCUCGUGCUGACAUCACCGGCUACAUGCUCAGCUUUGAAUCUGCAGACCGCACCAUCCGGGAGGUGGUGCUGAGUCCGACUGCGGUGUCAUACAACAUGGCUCAGCUCAAAGCAUCCACCGAAUAUACAGUCAGCCUGCAGGCCCUCGCUGGACCAAAGAGAAGCAGAGUGAUCACUACUGUCUUCACCACCACUGGCGUGUUGUACCGACACCCCAGGGAUUGCUCCCAGGCCCUACUGAAUGGAGACACCUCAUCAGGCAUGCACACCAUCUACCUGGGAGGAGAUGAGAACCAACCCCUGCAAGUCUACUGUGACAUGAGCACUGAUGGAGGCGGAUGGAUCGUUUUCCUCCGACGUCAAAGUGGCAAACUAGAGUUCUUCCGCAACUGGAAGAAUUACACAGGCGGCUUUGGAGACAUGAAUGAUGAAUUCUGGCUGGGUCUGUCCAACCUGCAUAAGAUCACAGCCAGCGGUCAGUACGAACUGCGAGUAGACCUGAGAGAUAAGGGAGAUACAGCCUAUGCUCAGUAUGACAAGUUCUCAGUCGGUGAACCCCGGACCCGCUACAAAGUCCAUGUAGGAGGAUACAGCGGUACAGCAGGCGACUCCAUGACCUACCACCACGGCCGGCCGUUCUCCACCUACGACCAUGACAACGACAUUGCCGUCACCAACUGCGCUCUGUCCUAUAAGGGAGCAUUCUGGUAUAAAAACUGCCACCGGGUUAAUCUGAUGGGACGAUAUGGAGACAACAGUCACAGCAAGGGUGUGAACUGGUUCCACUGGAAAGGCCAUGAGCACUCAAUUGAGUUCGCUGAGAUGAAGAUCCGGCCAUCCAACUUCAGAAACCUGGAGGGAAGGAGGAAACGAUCAUAAAUGAUAUGAAAAGCUCCGCCGCCACCAAUACCACCUUCACCACCACCAACAACAAAAACAACUACUACUACUCUGGACUCCGCAUGAACCACCUGGACUCCCAAACCCUCCCACCCUGCAGCAACCAAAGCCACUGCCAAGAGCCCUGCUGUUCUCACAUGAAACAAAUGCUCCUCGAUGUUUUCUGUUCCCUCACAAAUCUGCCUAAAUCUGCCAUAUGACCCAUCCCAGCCUUUCCCCCCUCUGAUAUGGCUACGCAAAAAUGCUGCCAGUGCAGAAACUGACGUUACAAACUGGACUUGCAUCAAACCCCACGAGGUUCACCAAAGAGAGUAUCUCCCUCUCACUCAAUUCUGACCCCCAUCUCUUGUGUUGCAGCAUUUGUGGGAAAGCGUGAGCGCAGCUUGGACAUUAUGUUGUGAAUAGUCAUUAAUACAGUUUCCUAUUUCAUAUCCAUGCCAUGUCUGGCAUUUGACAAAAAAUUCUGACUUUUUAGUACAAUGCAGUCUUGUUUAGGAUCAGGGCCUCUUUCCGAAAAGUGUCAAUGCAGCAGGAUUAUCAGAGAAAGUCUACUCCUUGUACAGCUCUGUACAUGUCUCCAUCUGAUAUGAACGUCUGAAAACUGAUUCUUCAGAUGUCACAUAUCUCCAUCUAACUUGUCAUUUGUUUGUCCAUGUGCAACUAAACACAUCUCAGUGUCACUUUAUAAUCCCCAGCCUCCCUUCACUCCCAUCCCCCCAAUAAAAAAAUGUAAAAAAGGAAAAGAAAAACCUACGGAAACACAUUUUACUCUCUACAUCCCAUGUCGUUGUGGACGGCGGUGUUUCCGUUGAGUCCUUGAAGGCAUCAUGCUGUGGCCACAGUAUUGUGUUAGCAAAAAAAAGAACAGAGAAGAAAAGCAAACGUGUUUUGUUUCUCUGAUGAAUCUGAGGCGGGACCUGUUAUUCAGUAUAAAAUGACUUUUGGUGAUAACAUUUUGUUUGUUCUUUGUUUUUGAAAAAUGUGAAUACGGUACAUAUAUGUGGAACAUGAGAAUGUUAUGUGAUGCUCGAAACUUUAAAAAAAAGGCCAAUUUUCAAUUGAAUUCCAGUUGUCAUAGUAAGGUCUCUAUGCUUGUGUUAAUGAAAAUAGUGUUUGGACAGGCCAAAACUAGAGAACUAGUUACUGUUUUUACCCCUUUCACCUCCCCCAAACCCCGCCCCCUACCCUUUCCUGCUAUUGCAGGAUACUAAACCACUGACCUUCUAAAGAAUGCCUGUGUAAAUUAAGGUUGUUUUGAUUGUUUUGUUUGUUUAAAACUGGGUCAACAGCAGGUGUUUCUCUGUAAACUGUAUUACAAUAAAACAGUUUGUUUAAAACGACAAA